AUGGAAGCCGCACUUGAGUUCUGCAGUGCGUUCCCUGAAUGCUCCUCCUUCCAUGUCACUGUGCUGAGUCAAGACAAGAAGCAGUGCUUGGUCAAUCGGCAGAGUCUGUCGCCGCAGGCCGUUAGGACUUCACUGCAUCAGUGGUUAUCCCUGAGCCGAGUGCAUGUGUUCGUCCGACCAUUGCUCGGGAGAUUAGUGUUUCUAGAUCUGGAUGCUUUUGCUGGAAGUUGGGACACACUGAUCCGCCUGCGACCGCGAGUCGUUGCUGAGACAUCAGCUGGCCAUUUUCAAGCCUGGUAUGUAGUGCCAAAUAACUUGGCCAGCAAGACAGCCUUGUGGGUGCAGCAGCAGUUGACGCAAGCUUUGGGUGCCGAUAAAGCUGCAUGCUCUGGACAGCAGCAGGGCCGGCUUCCUGGCUCAUGUAAUUGCAAGCCCGGGAAAUCGCAUCAAGUUCGUAUCGUGCACCGCAGCACGCAUGACCUGGAUGAGGCCGUGUUUUUACAGCUGGUGCCGCAGGUGCGGCUCGUGGUGCAGGGUAGUCAUCUUCAGGCAAAGCCUACGCCGCAGCCUGCUGGCAUCACCGUGGACCGGUCGGCCGCAGACUGGCGUAUGGCGUGUACGUACUUUGAGAAGAACCCUGGGGCCACUGAGCAGGAUGCCAAGCGGGACCUGGCCAGCCAAUGGCAGGCAACACGUCCAAAUCAGGACUACUACGUUGACUUGACCGUCAAGAAGGCUGCUGAGAAAGUGGCUGGCAGAUCAGAGAAAGUGCCGCCAAUAGCACCUCCGGCGCUUGAGAAGCCUGCAGACCCUGUCCAGCGCUCUCUUGACCUCAUCGACAAAGAGUCCGUGCAGCAUUUGAUUGAGGCUGCCUUGGACAGCCGCUUUCCGAGGGCCGCGGAGGUCAGCAAGACUUGCUCGCAGUGUAGCCAGGAGCUGUUCAGGGCUGCGUACACCGUGGGCCAGUUUGCCAGUCAGACGCCUAUCUGCAAGACCUGCCAGCCAGUGGACGAGAGGCUCACCAAGCGAACCUUGGCGACCAAAACGUGCAGUGGCUGUCACCAAACCUUGCCACGGGACAACUUCACUGACACACAGUGGCGGGCAGGUGCUGCAAGCAAGUGCAAAUCUUGCACUGCCAGGGGGGCUGUGGCUGCCAAGAUCCACACCAAGGAAUGUAGGACGUGUCAUGAGAUCAAGGCCAAAGAGCUGUUCAGUGUCACUCAAUGGGAGAUGCCCAAGAUCAAGGGCUCUUCGUGCAGGCGGUGCUCAGAUCAAACUGCAAUCAAGCGACAGAAUGAGUUUUCCGAAGAGGUGUCGGUCAAGAGGCGCGCCGUGGUCGAAGAGGUUGGCGCUUCUCCGUGGCAGACGCAGGACCCUGCCGAGGCCAAACGGUGGCUUUUACAGGCCCCGCUGGAGGCCUUGCCGAGCAGCUUAGCCGAAACACGUCCACUUGAAAAGUGCAUACGACCCCCUCAUAAAAGAACGAGGGACUCACAACAAGGCUUGGUUUCGGGUCUUGUGGGUCCUGGGGGCUUCAGGCAAGGCCGUUUUAGAGUUAGGAGGAGCUUUUCGCAUUUGUUGCUCAAGCUAAGCAUGCAAGGAUUUUGGUUCCCGGGUCCGAACAUCGUAGGUGUCAACUUGCAGAGCCUGCAAGCUACGCAUGCCGUCGGGAAUCGACCAGAGUGGUGGAAGUGGGGCAUGAAGCUUGACGAUAGCCAGAUCCCCGUUCAGCAGAAGAUAAUGAUGUUGCAAGCUUCGCACCAGGACCAGAUGCACCUUGGUGGGCGCGAAGGCAUGGUGCGAGCGCUGCAUGAUGAGGGCAAACGCUGGCUCAACAUGGACCUGGACGCUGCGUACGUCCUACGUCACUGCUCUCAUUGCCUUGCCACCAGCACGCGGGGCGUCGCUGAGCCCGCCCCAAGACAUCUGCCUCGGCCAAUGGCUGCGGGCGACAUCCUUGGAGUGGACUUAAAGAAAGUCGUGCCACCUGAUGGCGCCCCUUGGGUCAUGCUGCUCCUUGUCGAUUUUGCGACAAACCGGCUGUGGGCGUUUGAUAUGGACGUUGAUAAGCUUCUUGGCUUAGAGUAG